AUGCCGUACUUUUUUGGUCCUUGGUACAACUCUAGGUAUCGGAAAAACUUGAAGCGUUUCUACAUCGUCCACCCGUCAUUGUUCACCCGCUCCCUGCUCCCAUUCAUCCUCCCCCUCCUCUCUCCCAAAUCGUAUUCCAAACUCCACCCCCUCCCCUCCCUCCUAGCAUUAUACUACACCCAUGACGUCCCGCUCACCGGCAUCGACCUCUCCCUCGCCGUCUUGGAGUCCGAAGGCCGCGCUUUGCGGGACCACCCCGAGCUUCUCGAAUGCGGGCCCGAGCUCUUGGAUGUCCAGCGCAUCUCUAGCCGGGAUAGCAACAAAUCCAAGUACGGUAAAGAAGGCAGCGACUCCUACUUGUCUUCCAUCUCAUCCACCUUCUCCUCCGCGGCUUCCUACAUCGGCCUCUCCCGCCUGCCCUCCCCGACGCAUUCAGCAAAUAGUAGCAGGGUGGGAGAAGCGGUGGUGGAUGGGUAUUGGAAGCGGGAUUUGAGGGGGUUGGUAGAUGAGUGCGGGGGCAAGGUGCCGCCUAUGGUGGUGAGGGUUAGUAAGGCCAUUUUGGAAGAGUGUACGGGGACUGAAGGUAUCUUUCGGCGGUCGUCCAACUCCCCGUACAUGGCCCCACUCCAAUCCCUCCUCGCCCUCCCUCUCGAAGCCCAACCAAACCUUCCCUGGUCCGCCCUCGCGCAAAAAGACAAACUGCUGCUGCCUAAAGUGUUGUGCAAAUUCUUGAGUGAGCUGGCGGGACCCGUGAUUGGGUGGGAGGUUUAUGGUGAUGUGAGGCGAGUCGCUUUGCCUUCAGACAUCCCACAAUUCCUCAACAAGCUCCCACCCUCGCACACCCUCCUCCUCACAGCCGUCGUAUCCCUCCUCCACGCCCUCGCGAAACACGAACCAACAACGAAAAUGUCGGCGCUCAACCUCGCCAUCGUGCUCGCCCCGACGCUCAUUGGGGGCCCGGAUAAGGUGGUUGAUAUGGGGAUGUGUCUUGAGCGGGGUAAGAAGCUGCCUUUGGGGAUGCGUGAGCGUGUGGAAGGGCGGGGAAGGGAUGGAGAAGGUGAUGGAGAAGUUGGUGGAGAACGAGAAGGAGGAGGAGAAGAAGGAGAAGGUGAUGGCACAGUAGUGGGGUUGUUGGAGAUCUGGAUCACAAACUACCCCUCCAUCUCUGGUGAGACACCCAUAGAGAAGAUGGGGUGUGGGGUAUCGAGCGAUUUCGUCCCUCCCCCGACAUCGGCGAGAGCAUCGCAAGCUGCUUCUUCUUCUUCUUCUCCGUUUCCUACAUUGGCUUCGACUUUUACUUCCUCCUCUUCACAUCCAUCGUCCUCUACCGAACCGGCCUCGUCGUCCUCCUCGUCGUCGUCACAGACACAGACAAAGACUCAAAGACGCGCCUCCCUCUCCCCCUCCCCAUCGCCUCCGAAAUCGUCACCACCCCGCGCAUCAUCCCUAGCAAGGUCGGCAUCAGCGUCCAUCCGGCGGGCGAGCCUUUCCCUCGGACGGAGAGGUGGGGAUAAAGUCCGGGAUAAGGACCGGGUGGAUCUCGAGAAGGAGAAGGAGAAGGAGAAGGAGAAGGAGAAGGGAGGGAGGGGAGAGAGGAGGAGGAGCGGGGUGAGACAUAGUUUGCUGGCGUCGGGGAUUGUGGAGGUGCCUUCGGCUUCUUCUUGAUCGAGUCUUGGCGUCUUGGGGUCUUGAGGGACUGGGUCUUGAGGUUCUGGGUGCUGGGUGUUAAGUGUUGGUUGCGCGGUGCAUGAUGCUGGAUACCGAAUGCUGGUCAGUGGUCAGUGGUCUGCGAAGAGUCAAGGGAAAGGGCCGUCUGGAAGAUUCAUUUGUUGUAAUUAUCUGAAAGAACUGUAGAGUAAGAGUAAGAGUAGAGCAGAGCUCUGGUGUGGUAUCAUCGUAUAUUUAUACUUUAUAUACUUUUUCUGUUUGUUGGACAUAAUCUUGGAGGGGAGGGAGGUGUAUGCAUGUAUAGUAGAGUACGGGUA